AUGCAGCCCUUCAGCCCCAUCUUCUUCUUCCUCCUCUUUCUCCUUGAUGGUCUGAGUUCCAGGGCAGCUCCCUCAGCCUCUCUGCCUGUGGGCCCUGAUAUCCAGGGGAUGCUCCCGCCUUCUGGGAUGCCCGCUGGUGCUCUAGAAAAUGUCACUAGAGAUCAACCUACCCCAGGAUACUCUGCAGCCAGUUCUCCCGAGCACUCCCGGACACCGCCCUCAGCUUCCCCUCACGGCUCCGAAAAAAACUUACAGAAGACCCCCAGACCCAACCUCUCCCUUUCUCUAGAGACUCCCAUGCCCGACCAGCUCACCUCAGUUGCAGAAUCCCAGGGUACUUCACAAAUGAGCCCCUCGACAGCAACACUUGCUAAACCUUCUGAGACCCCCAAACCAAACCUGACUGGAAGUUCCCAGUCUGAAUCUUCUGAAACCCCCAAACCUAAUCCCUCCAACACCUCACUCUCAGAAUCUCCUGAGACUGUACACACUGACCCCACACCAGCUCUACACCAUGAAUCCCCUGAAAUCUCCAAAGGAGAUACCCCCAAACUCUCAGCUGGUGGAGGGCCCAAGAUACCAAGUCCUAGCCCCACCCAAUUCCUCAGCCCCAAAUCCCUAGAGACCUAUGACCCUGGUGCCACCAGAAACCUAAAUUCUGCAUUACUACCAAUCACCUACCUUGACCCUUCAGAAAGUCCACAGUCAGCCUUUCUCACCACCCACAACUCCAAUCCCACUGACACCCCCCAAACACAAUUCCCCCCAGCCCCCAGCCAAAAUGUAACAGAGAUGGCUGUGACCUCUGACUCAGAAACCACCUCCAGUCUUCCCACCCAACCAACAACCUUCAGGGAGGAAGCCACCACUCCCAGUGAGCCAGGCUUGAGUCCCAGCCCAGAAGUGCCUACAGCCAGCCGAGUUGCCACCCCUGGCCUGUCCACCUCAGAUUCCCUAGGGACCAAAGAGCUACAUGUUCCCCAGAACUCAGGCCCUAAAGGGCCAGAUAUCCCUCUCCCCUCAGCACGGAUUGCAGGACCCCCUGCUCCUCUAGAGCACCCCAAUCAGGUAGCCCCUGCCGUGCCUCAGGCCCCUGAGAGACACAGCCGAGGAGACACAGUCAAUACUAUCAUCGUGGUGGAGCGAGUGAAAGAGACCGGGAUGACUCUGGUCAGCCGCCCACGAGGCUCCGUCGGUGGGGCUCUGUGCCUGUUCUUCGCGGGGACAGGGAUGCUGAUUGGCAUCUUCCUCCUGCUGUGGUGCCUCUACCGCCGGGCGUCCAGACACAGGUCCUUUGCACACCACCGGCUCCAGAACAGCGGAGAUGAACCAGUCUUGCACCUGGAUGCCCCGAAGGACCCGUUGGAUCUCUACUUCUACGCCCCGGAUGCGUGGGUGCCCUCGCACAUCGCCACGCAGCAGCCACCUCCCACGCCCCCGCUGCCGCCCAAGCUGCCCCCUCCGCCUCGCGGGCCGCAGCGCCUGGAAGCCCUGUCGCCGGCCGCGCUGUCCCCCAACUUCGUCUGA